CUCGCUGUCCUUGAAGGGGCUCUGAACCUUCAGAGAAAGCAAACCUGAGGCCGAGGCUCGAGCCCCAAAUUCAACUCAACCUCCACACAACAGAACUGCACAGCAGAAGAAAGAGAGAAGUGAAGGAGGAGAUGAAGAGGAGGAGGAGGAGGGAUGCUGGAAGAAUUGCAGCUGGACACAGAUGCCUGAAGGCUGCCUUAUAUACGCCCAUAAUGUUGAUUGACAGGCCUGAAUGUUUAGGCUCCUCCCAAACCUACGUUUAGAACUACAUCUCAUCUUUAACUGUCCAUGUGUUAAUAUCAUCUCUCUCUCUUUCUCUCUGUCAGGUUGCUGAGUUCGAUCUGGUCCAUCUGUGAGCAUCAUGCUGUGUUGUGUUGUGUUUGUAUCUGAGUUUAUACAACACUGAAUGUCUAAUGGUACAACAUGAACACACACAUUAUGAGUCUUAUUCCCUCAGUAGUGGCUCUCUUAAGAUAACAUCAGAGAUGUUUGUGGGUGUGACACUGACAGUAUCAGUACGGUUAACACACACACACACACUUCAGUCAGCAUCAACACUGCUGUGUAAGAGACACACACUUGUGUUAGUGGGAAACACAACGCAGAAGAUGCUGAUGUUUGGGGCAGACAGAGUUAUGGGUGGAGUCAGACCUUAAGUUCAUUUGUUGGGUGGGGUUUGAGAGGUUGGGGGUGGAGCUAAUGAGUUUGUUUAAAUGGGACAUAUCAUGAAAAUCUGACUUUUUCCAUGUUUAAGUGCUAUAAUUGGGUCCCCAGUGCUUCUAUCAACCUAGAAAAUGUGAUAAAGAUUAACCCAGUAACUUAGUUUUGGUAAACCAUUCUCUGCAAGCAUGUGAAAAAAUAGCUCAUUGAAAUUUGGCUCCCCUUGUGAUGUCAGAAAGGGAUUUUAUUAUAAUAAUACUGUCCCUUAAUCUUCAGUAUCCAACCACAACACUGACAUUUAGAGCAGAGAGAGAGAAAUUAAUUUCAACAAACCAUCAUUAUGGUGAUCAGUGUUUGCAUUUCUUCAGCUUGUUUGCAUUUUAAAGGACACACCCAAAAACGGCACAUUUUUGCUCACACCUACAAAGUGUCAAUUUUAACAUCUUAUAAUAAAUUAUCUGUGGGGUAUUUUGAGCUAAAACUACACAUACAGACUCUUGGGAUACCAAAGAUUUAAUUUACAUUUUAAAAAAAGUCUCAUAAUAUGACCCCUUUAAAGAUAAGAGUAUGUUAUACAAUGAAGAGAGUUGUAAAUGUGAGAACUACAUGACUGAAAAAAACAACUUGAUCAGAGAGAGAGAGAUGAUGUUAUUGAGUGAUCUGAUGUGUUUUAUCAGCAUGAUAAGUGAGAGAAUGAGGAAAUCACACAGGAAAUAUAAGACACAAGAACUGAAAUGUGAAUCUUCCUCUUUCUUCUGAGUGAAGCACAACCGUUCAAACAUUUCUCUUUCAUCAUCAACAUUAACUGAUAUGCUGGCAUUAAGGGUUGUCUUGUUUCUUCUGUGUGGAUCUCUGAUCUGUUCAGAGAUCAGACAUUUAACUGGUCAAUGGAUCACCUGGAAAUCACAACACAAUAAGACCUACAGAAGCACAAAGGAGGAGGUGUACAGGAGAUCCAUCUGGGAGAAGAAUCUUCAGGAUGUUCUGAAACAUAAUGAGGAAGCAGGUGUUGGGCUUCACACAUUCACACUGGGUCUCAAUCAUCUCAGUGAUAUGACAGCAGAUGAAGUCAAUCCUUUCCUCAACGGUUUAAUGGAAGAAGAUUUUUCUGAUAUGAAUUUAACACUGAGCCCCUUGACACCUGCAACUCACCUGCACCUCCCAUCCAGAGUCAACUGGACUGAGCAUGGAGUCGUCAGUCCUGUCCAAAACCAGGGUAUGUGUGGGUCGUGUUGGGCCUUCAGUGCCGUCGGGGCUCUUGAGGGUCAGAUGAAAAGAAAAACUGGAGUUUUGGUUCCGUUGAGUCCUCAGAAUCUUCUGGACUGCAGUGUGAGUUUGGGGAACCACGGCUGCAAAGGUGGAUAUCUGACCCGUGCUUUUCUCUACAUCAUCCGCAACAAAGGGAUCGACUCUAACAAGUUUUACCCCUAUGAGCACAAGCAGGGUUUGUGUCGAUAUUCUGUGACUGCUCGAGCUGGAUAUUGUUCAGGGUUUCAGAUUAUUCCUAAACACAAUGAAACAGCCAUUCAGUUUGCUGUGGCUAAUGUUGGACCCGUUUCUGUCGGUAUCAACGCCAAACUCGCCUCCUUCCACAGAUACAGAAGCGGUAUAUAUGAGGAUCCAAAGUGCAACUUUGGAAUGAUCAAUCAUGCGGUUCUAAUUGUGGGUUAUGGAUCAGAACAUGGAAAAGAUUACUGGCUGGUGAAGAACAGUUGGGGGACGAGUUGGGGUGAACAUGGAUUCGUCCGUAUAGCACGAAAUAAAAACAUGUGUGGAAUAUCCAGCUUUGCUAUUUACCCCAAAAUCUGAACUUCUUUCAUCUGUUUGUUAAAGAUCAAAUUAUAGCACUGCAAAAAAUGUCUUCUUACUUAUUAUACCACGGGUCUGUUGAAUGCUGUAUUCUGAUUGGCUGAGAAAUGUCCCAUGGGUAUGCAUUAAUUUCUGUAAACCACACACCUAACUUGUCAAAAUGUCUUAAAAAUAGGCACCAGAGCAAUGUCCGCUUGAGUGUGCAUUAUUUUCUUAUAAUUCAAUGGCCCGUCGUCAAUUAUUCCUUACGUAUUGUUGUCUUGUUUUCAGUACAAAUAUCUAAAAAUUCUUCAAUCAACAUGAUUUUUCUUGAUGAGCAAAACGACCCAAGAAAAUAAGUCUAGUUUUUAGACAAGCACAAAUUCACUUGCAUUGUAUUUUUUGUGUAAAAACUAGACUUGUUUUGCUCAUGAAGAAAAUACAUCUUGACUUAACAAUGUUUUGAUAUUUAUACUGAAAACAAGACAAACAUACUGAGUAAGAAAGUCUUUUUUUGCAUUGUGGGUGAUUCUAUGAAAUGUUUUAUUUUUAAAUACCUGCAUGAACAAAUUUACUUUGUUUUCAUUAAAAACAAGAUUUGAUGUGUUUAAACGCAAUCAUUUCUAACUCUGAGAACUUCAUCUUUUUAAUAGAAAAAUAUAAAGUAGUCGGUUAAAAAUGUGUUGUCCAUUUAUUAUUUUCAAAAGAUUUAAUUUUACUCUGUUUAAAUAUGUGUGUGUGUGUGUGUGUGUGUGUGUGUGUGUGUGUGUGUGUGCACCCUCUCUAGGUGAGGUAAGAAAAAUGUUUAAAAAGACAUAUUACCCCUGACAGGUGCGACCGUACACAUGCAUGGUGCAAGCAGGGUUGCCAGAUCUGCGUAACAAAACCAGCCAAUGGCCUUUCAAAAUUAGUCCUUAGGCAGCCAUAUUAGUAUUCACAGCCCAAAUACCAACAACCCGCAGAGAAACAUCAACCUGCAGAAACACUUUAAAGGAACAGUUCACCUACAUAUGAAUAUUCUGUCAUCAUUUUCUCACUCUCAUGUUGUUACAAAUCUGUAGAAAUGUCUUUGUUCUGAUAAACAUGGAGGAAGAUAUUUUGAGAAAUGUUUGUAUAUACUAUGGAAGUGAAUGGGGCUCAUAAACAGUUUAGUGCACGUAAACAUGGUCAUCAGAACAAAUAAAUGUAUACAGGUUUGUAACAACAUGAGAGUAAUUGAUGACAGACUUUUCAUUUUUAGGUGAAUUAUCUCUUUAAAGAAUCCCAAUUCAUAAGUCCGCCGAAAGGCUGUGGAUCUGGCAACUCUGGGUGCAAGUAGCCUUUAAGUUGUUUAGCUGUGUCCCAAAUCACAUACUAUACAUUGUGCACUAUGUACUCACCCUUCUUGUGUAUUAAUUUUAGUAAUGUAACACAUAGGAGUUGUUUCCUGGACAGGGGUUAGUUUAAGCCAGGACUAGGCCUUAGUUUAACAAGGAAAUAUAGCUAGUUUUAACAAACAUGCCUUACUAAAAACAUUACUUGACAAAGAACACUGAUGUAUUUUAAGAUGUCAGUGCAAGUUGUUUUCAGUUUGGACAGCACUUUAUUUUAGUCUAGGACUAGUCUAAUCCCUGUCCAGAAAACCGCCCCUUAAUGUUUUUUAAUAACUGGAAGCUUUUUCCCAAAGGAGGGCAAAUUAUGUCAAAUUUGUAGUCCAAUGAAAAUGUGUACACAGUUUUUUUUUAAUGUAACUGUUAUUUGUUUUGUUCAACACUUCAGUAAGUGUCAGACUGAGAUGCAAGCAUUUUAUUUGUUUAUUGUGAUGUUACCUUAAAUUUUUAUCUUUUUUUGAUAAUUUCAAAAUUGUAUUUAUUAUUCUCCUUUUCUUUUCUAAAUAAUUUCAUUUAUUCAUAAAUAUGCUUUUUGAUACUGUGUUGCGCCUUUUAGUUUGUUUCAUACACAAUGAAUACAUUUGCCUUUGUUGUAAGUUAAAUGUUGUACUAAUAAAUAAAAUAAAUGGUACAUUU